GACGCUUUGACGACACUUUCAUUCGACCAAGGUUGAUUUCCCAACAUCAAGUCCAAAACCUAAUUAGAGUAAAACAAAAACGGUUUUGAUAACCUUGCGAAUCUGCGAUAUCGGACUAUCAAAUUUGUAUUUCAUGUACGUACAAGACCAAUAUGAAAUACUUACGGAGUGGUGUACCAUGAAUGAGUACAAUCCAGCUUUGGCAGAAGCAUCCAUUCGGUGUUUUAAGUACAACCGGACCUAUACCGCCCUGAACUUGACUCUAAGCUUAACGCGAACCAUCAACGUUUUGACGGGAAAAGUAUAUUCAAAAAUACUUCUGAGCAACACCUAUCGCGAGUUCCCUCUGUCAUUUGGUCGCAACCUGUGCGACAUGAUGAAGAACAACGAAUUCGGUUUUGGGAACAUCUUUUCAUGCGGAAAUUUUACAACUUGCCCAUUAAAAACCGGAUCGUACAGAAUGUGUAAUUGGGGACCGGACUACACUAAAUACCCCCCAAAUUUGGUAAAAGGUCGAUUUCAAAUGGAUUUGGUAUUUUUCGGUGACGGCGCUUUUAUAAUGAACGCAUCUUGGUUUUUUAAACUGACCUACAAGAAUCCUGCGCUGAAUUAA